GAGAUCAAAGACGACGAGACUCUGCUGAAGGAGUUCUUCGCCGACGUCUCGGACGCGACGCGCGACGCGGAGGUGCUCAGGAUCUUGUCGUGCUUUAAGCUGAACCCUUACGAGCACCUGAACCUGAGGUUCGACGCGACCGAGGACCAGAUCAAGCGCGCGUUUAGGAAAGUCUCGCUGAUGGUGCACCCGGAUAAGUGCAAGCACGCGGACGCGAAGGCGGCGUUCGACGCGAUCGGUCAGGCGCAGCAACUUUUAGCGCAGGAAGAAGUCAGACGCGAGCUCGAUUUCAACCUCUCUCGCGCGAAGGACGCGGUGAUCAAGGCGUGGAGGAAAGAGACGCGAAACGACGUCGUGUUGCGCGUGCGGUUCAACGGGGACCGGGACGCGCAACAAGAAGCGUUCUUACAGUCCGACGAGUUCCACGAGCGGUGGAAACUCGAGGGACGGAAGAACAUCGUGGACUUGGAGUGGCGGCGGAGGAAGCUUACGCUUCGGAUUAAAGCCGAGGAGGAGAGAGUCACCGCGGAGGAGAAAGUCGAAGCCGCGGAGCGGAAGAAGAAACAAAAAGCGCAGAAACAGUGGGACGACGAGAAAGCGCGCGAGGGCAGAGUCGGCGGUUGGAGGGACUUCAUGAACGAGAAGAAGUCCGGGAAGAAGAAGAAGCAGAAGGUCACCGGCGAGUUCCGCGCGCCGGCGUUGAAGAAGGAG